AUGUUACCGCGGCGUGCGCCUUCCAGAGGCUCUCAUCUCCGCCAGGUCAGUGCCGCGAGCCUGGACAGCAACUCGCCCAUUUCCUCACCACCGCCCCAAGAACCGUCAGCUGCCAAUCUUAGGAUAGACAGCCCUUUUUCUGCUGGGCCAUGGCGUCAAAUUUGUACCCUUUGGUUUCACGACGAUAAAUUUUCAAAGGAUGAGGUCUUGUUCAACAAUUCGGCAUUCAGCGAUUCUGGAAUCAGCCCCGGCGAUGUGCUCGAAGUUGUUGAUUUGGACAGUACCUAUGAGUUGGGCUCCAGGAAACUCAAUGAGAGCAGUGCCCAAGGAGAUGCCAAAACUCGCUCGAAAUUUUCCUCGCCCGCUCAACACAGAUGUCUCUUCGUAGUGAAACCAAUGCCCCAAGAUAUCAAGCAACGAAAUCCGAAAUUAGAGCUCUCUAUAAAUCACCAGGUUGCCAAAACAUUUGGCUUCAAGAACCUCAGUCAAGUUCUUAUCUCGCAUAUUGAUCGCUCGCAGUGCUCAGCGUCCCACGUUGACAUCUCGUUCCGUGACGAGUAUUUGGUACGGGCCGAUAUGUGGAGGUUGGUGACUUCUGAAUUAGUCAAUAAGACAGUCUAUAAGGACCAAAAGAUUGUCUUUAUGGGAACUAUUAAAGCAACGGUGAAGAAUAUCUUUAUUGGAGGUAAAAAGGUCCUUUCAGGAUAUUUCGCCCCUAACACGAUCCCUGUCUUUCGAAGUGAGGCGGCAAGAUACGUCGUAUUCAUUCAAAUGUCAAGGGAGAUGUGGGACUUUGAUGCGGAAGGUACUGGGGAUAUUCUGUUUAGCAGGGUUAUCAAUGGAUUCUUGCCUGAACUCUUCAAGCGUUGGCAAAACAUCGAGGCUCGGCACUUGGUUACUAUCGUACUAUUCACUCGUGUUGAGUAUGAUUUGACCCAGGAGAACGAAAUGAAGUCGCUAAAUGGCUUGUCCGCUGCCAACCAUAUUCCUAGUCAGGAUUUUUAUCGGGUCGUUGUCAAUGAUAUUGCAAGCGGCCACUGGACCACAAUACUGGAUGAGCUCAAAACGAAUUUCAGGACAUUCCUGAGAGAUGUCUCAAUUCAAAGAUUUGUUGAAACUGUUGCUCCCAAUUCAGAAAAGAAGCCUCUCUCAAUAUCAGGUCGUCCUACGUCUGCUAUUCGAGGAAACAUGCUGGAGGCUAUUCACUUGGCGACGUCAUAUCUAUCUCUCGAGAAUAUUGAUCGUGACUUGAACCGCACUGGUCAUUCUAUUGUCGUUAUCACUCCGGGAUCGGGGCUUUUUGAAGUUUCAUAUGAAUCUUUGGCUGCCACCACUGAUGCCGUCACGAACAUGGGAAUUGCCAUUGACCUGGUCAGCCUGAGUCCUAUGCCACUUCACUCAGUGCCCCUUUUUAAAUACAGAUCUCCCCAUGGAAAUUUAGGUGCAUCUCGUUCUAGAAAUGUACGAGGUAUUGAACAUCUAGAAGCUCAGCCAUCUAUGUCAAGUUUCAGCAGUAAAUCGCCGACUGCCUCCCUUAGGGAUUCAGAAUUAAGUCCAGUCGCUCGCACCUUGUCAUCACAGGAUGCCCUACCAGCACACUCAAAGGAAUGGCAUUUUGGAAUCCCGCAUUGGUUGGAUAUUUCUUUUUGGAACCCAGCAACAUAUAAAGAGGGUCGCCGAAUCACCAAAAAUGACUUAAAUGCCCCGAUUCCAUUCACGGUCAACAAAAGGUCCAAGACGUUUGUACCACGAGUGCGGCUGUAUGAGAUUCAAAUGAUGGGUAUCAUGGAAAGCGAACAAUCAAAUAUAUCAAUUCCUUACCUUUCAGAAAAAGACUUUGGAUUUCAAAGAGUCGAGAGUAUUUCUUCGGGGGGCUAUACAGGUGUCCCCACACCGAAUUUUGCUAAACAGGCACAUUCCACAAGCCCCUCGUACAGAGCUCAACUUAGCGACAGUUUAAGACCGGAGGCGUUCUUAUCAAGCUUCUCAAGUGCGAAGAUGUUGAUGAUGAAUAGUCCAGCAAAACGCCAGAAGAAGUCUGAGAAAUGGAUGGAUGAAUAUGACGAGAAUGUGUUUCGGUCAGUUCCCAAAAAAGACCAUGGUCGCAAGAUUGUCAAAUCUAAAAAAAUACCGGAACCUGUAAGUUAUGUGUCUCGUGCUCACGAUCGUUCAUCUGUACGAUCCAUUCUGAGUCCAAGAGACCGUGAGUCUCCCGAACUGGAACGGUCAUACUCAACGCAAUUAAGUCCUCGCAAUAAAGAUCCCGCAAUAUCACUCCAGCUUCCUCCUCGACCAAGGGACCAACCGCAUAUUAAACCAGCGAUAAAAAGCAACAAAGCUCCUAGGAUUUCAAGGACUAUUAGCUUUGCUCUCCGGGGGCUCGGCAUUGGCCCCCCACGUGCUCAGGCUAGCACUGGAGUCAAUGCCGAGCACGCUCUGGGGCGGGCCACCCCAGCAAAAACAUCUUCAACUGCCAGCAUAUCAGAUCGUGAGAGCUCACCAAGACCUUCGUCAUCGGCGCUAGAUGAUAGCUCUUCAACAAUCAGCGUGGAAUUAUCUCAGGGUUCACUUACUCCUAGAAAGUCCGUGGAAACCUUGGAGUUGCCCCAACCCCUACCAAUUGCUCAAGCGCGACCCAUAUCUAUCAAAAGCAUCAGCAAGAAAUCGGUCGAUGGAUCGCAUCAUGAUCAAAGUAAUGCUGAAGCCCCAUUACCUACAGCGGUAGAGAUGAUCAUGGAAGCCGGUACGCAUAGGGCUAGUCAAGGGCCAUUUCCCAUGAAGAGAACUGGUCCCAAAAGACCUGGCCCUAGAUUUGAAAUUACAAGAUCUCAUGACAUGCCCACCAGUGUAUCCCCGAAUCGAACACUUGCUCCCUGGGUUAGAUCCAUUAACCCCUCAAAUACACCGAAAGCAGCAUUGAGGGAUGCGAGCUGGUUUGGCCGCUGGCAGCACGCCUAUCCUCGACCACCACGUGUCGCUCUUGUUAAAUGGAAAAGUUUAAAAACCCCAGCAAUUUUACCAUUGACCACAGAGGAGUUUCCUUCCUCUAAGGAGCUUGCGGCAAACUAUCUUCAAACACCAUACCGAGUUUUUCCCAACGAUGAAAACGAUAGCAGUGACACACCCAGAACACAGGACGAGAUACUACGUGAUAUGGUGGCUUUAAGGCUCUCCCAUGGCUUCCAAAUUGUUAUCGGAAGCGCUGUGGCAGAAGCCACGGGGGAACCUUCCCUAGAAUCACUAAAUGUCUUUGAUCCGAAACGGUUCGCUGAAGAAGAUGUUACUGUCGUCCUUUCGAAAGGCAAUGUUAUUCACAGACUGUCUAGCGUCGCUGGCGGCGAGAUUGAAGUCACGAGGUUUACGCGUCUUUCAAAUGUUUCGGAACUCGAGAAGAGUGGCUCUCUUAUUUAUUCCCAUGCGAUUCGCUCAAUUUUGGCCAAAAAAUAUGAGUUAACCCAAGUUAAACUUCUAUCGUCGUUUGAUGAAUAUAAUUGGAAUUAUGCAGAUAAUUAUAUUGCUGGCCAUAGAGAUCACUUGACCGAUCCAACGAGACAGCUUAGAUUCUGGCGACUUCGAUUUGUCUUCAUUCCUUUGCAUUUGCCGCCCAACGCAAGGCGCCACAUGCAGCCAUUUAAUGAAGAUAAUGAGGAAGAAAUCCAUCUUCUCGGCAUCAGCCAGUUGACUUCGUUAUGGCAGCGUAACAAGUACGUACCAGCAGACGAUAAACGCUUCCAAUCUACGAGUCGGGCGCAAAAGGACCCAAACCCGCUAAAUAUUCUUUACCAAACCCAAAAUCCGUCUGAUCUAGUUGGGGCCGAACUUGCCAGACUUUUGCUCACUGACCCUGGGCUUGACAAUGCGCCAACUCAGCUAUUGCCCGAGUCAGAGCUGCUUGAACGGUCUGACUUUGGACCUGGUUCUCUGAUGACUUUAGCUCAUAUCAUGCAAGGCGAAACAGGAGUACGCUUGAUGGAUCGAAGGUGGCAUUUCCGGCUUCAUUAUAGUUGCUUCAUUGGAUCCGAGUUUACAACGUGGCUAGUGCAGACAUUCAGAGAUAUAGAUAGUCGGGACGAAGCCAUUAAAUUCGGAAACGAACUUAUGAAACUUGGACUAUUUGUUCAUGUGGAAAAGAGGCAUAACUUUCGGGAUGGUAACUACUUCUACCAGAUUGCAACACAAUACCGAGUUUCACGCCCCGAAUCAAAGAGCGGAUGGUUCCCUGGUCUUUCAGGGAAAUCGGAUUAUUCCGUGCCUCCCACUCCAUCUGGCGAGGUUACAAGGGAGCUACCAAGCGGUGAGGUGUCCAGGUCUGAGAGUUCAAAUGAAACGGUGACAUCUACGGUAAACACGCCAUCAAAGGUCAAAAAUAAAAUGACCAUCAUGCUUUCCAAGUCACUGAAAUACGACUUGGAUCCUCGCAAGCGUUCCAGUCGCCCAGAAGUUAUCGAUCUGCAUUACGAUAGGCUCCAUAACCCGGAAAACUGCUUUCAUAUAGAACUGAGCUGGAUGAGUGCAACUGCUAAAUUGGUCGAUGACGCAGUAAAUUCAUGGGCAUCAACAGCCGAAAGAUACGGUUUAAAGUUGGUACAAGUACCAAUUGCAGAAGCAGCAGGUACAGUCAAGACACAAACAUUCAGGAAGCUUUACCGCAUCAAAUUGAGUGUUGAGCCGCCGCCUACGCCAAGUUAUCUAUCAUUUGGAGCGACCAACUUUUCGCAACAAGGAAAAUCGGACAAGCAUUUCUACCAGAAAGCACUGCUUCGAAAGUUUGAUUUCGUCCUAGACUUUGAGGCUGCAUCUGCAUUCUCACCUGAUGUAGAGGUACUCUAUUCGUGGGGUAAGCCAGACUACCAAUAUACACAGUACAUCCAUAGGACAGGAUGUUUGCUUGCCCAGAUAUCAGAUGAAGGAGAUUUAUUACUACUUGCAAAUCGUCUAGUCAGCACCAAAAGCGCAGCUGGCCGAGACGCGGGUCACCACAAAUUCGACCAUCGGGCUAAUGAUUACCAUCGUCCUCGUACCAAUACAUACACAUACGAUCCAAUGUUUUCACCACGUCUGUCACCUCAUGUCCGACCGACUGGAGAGCUCUCAACCUCCUCUUCUACCAUUAACAUUAACAACACCGUCGCCACGUCUUCUACUAUCCCCUCGCUAACGAUUAACCCUCCUGCCUCCUCCCCUUCCGGUAUUUCUCCAACCUUAAUCGACUCUGCGAAUUUUUACAGAACGCCUGAAAAUCUAAAAUCCCAAAUCGAAGAGUUCUGCCAUGACCCUAUCCGUCUGCAACAAUUCUACGCCGAAGAGCACAUACGUGCCUCUUCGACACGCAUUGGACCAACGACGGUGCCGCUGCCUUCUUCUUCAUCCAUCACAAACCCGGCUUUGGAAGCUUCUAUUCCAUCAUUGGAACUUCCUGCUAGUGUUUUGGGACAUCACAUUUCACCGCCAGCACAGUUGGAGACGCAGUCGUACAUUGCUACAAACAGAUCGUUCCUGGGCGGGAGUUUGACGGGGUCGCCGAUGAAAGUAGCAGAGGAUGCUGCCGUUGCAAAGAAAGAAGGGAAGGGCAAAGAGAGUCAUUCGGAAGAUAACGCAUUCGGGGAUGGCAGUCCAAACUAG